GUGAGAGAAGAAUGUCUAGCCUUAAGAGAGCACUGAGGCAAUUCACGUUCGGCGCCGGCAAGACCGCCGGCCGGAACUCGUCAGGGCGCAUAACGUCUUUUCACAGAGGCGGCGGAGCAAAGAGAUUGCAAAGAACCGUCGAUCUCAAACGGAACACUGCUUCUUCUAUCGGCAUUGUUGAAAGGAUCGAGUACGACCCUAACCGUUCCUCCAACAUCGCUCUCGUUCGCUGGCUACACGGCGUCCACUUUCCCCAACGCCGCACCUCCGCUGCCGCCGCCGCCGCUGCUUCCUCUAGGGUCGUCCAACUUGAUCCUGCCACCGCUGCUAACAGAAACGGCAUCCGCGGCGUGUUCGCGUUCAAUUCGAUGCUUCCGCCCGUUGGAACGACGUCCAGGGAAAUUUUCUUCUCUGCGUUUUCAUCGGAGGCUAAGCGACCUGAAUCUGAAUCGGAAUCUGUUUCUUCGUUGGGUUUGCCGAGGAUUGCGGUGGCGGCGGCGAGGCCAGCGUUUUUCGCGCCGCGGGAGAGAGGGGAAGAAACGUUGCAGGUUCGGCAUUGGAGAAGGAAUAGCGAUGCGUGGGUGCAUAGGAACAAACGUAAAGCAGCGAUUUCUUGGCACAGCAUCGCGCGUUGAGUUUGAUGCCGUUUGCUCUUGUAAAACUAAACUUAUCACUUUUAUUUUUAAUUUAAAUUUUGGUUGCUUAAUUGUUGCUUGAUUUUGUUUCUUCGAAUGAUGAGGCAUAUGGAAUGGAUUGGUGAUGCUGUUUAGGUUAAUUGCUCUGAUCUUGAUUGGUGUUGCAAGUGAAAGUGAAAAGGGGGAUAGGAAUUGAAUGAUUUUUUGUUUUAAAACGCUUAAUGUGUUAAUGGAUGAUGAAAAUUAUCAGUGUCUUCGGAACAAAAACUAGGACUAGUAGCUACUAUUUCGUUGUUGUUCAUAAAUAACAUUUUGGAAAU